GAUAUUUGGAUUUAGCUCAAUACAGGAUUGGAGCAGUACCUCUAGACGCUUGCAGAAAUCAUGAUCACAAAAUAGACAAAUAUCGUUUUUUUCGCCGAAUUUUACAUUUUUCCUUGAUUAUCGUACUUGAUUCGGUGUGAAAAGAUGAAUUAGACCUGUUAAAGUUCAUUCCGUUGGGUAAAAAGACAAGAUUUUAGCAUUUUAUCAUUCAAGCGCCUUGUCCGGUAUAUACCGGAAUACGGUAUUUAGUGUGGUGCUCCAAUCCUUUUUUUAGUCACAGCCUUGAUAUUUAAGACAUGCGCAGUGACGCGCGUAAUAUUAAAGACAUGGCGGAAGGGGAGCCGGUCAAGAAGAAGAUAAAAGUUGAAUUGCCGGAUGUUUUUGAGAACUUUCUUUCAGAUUCUCAUGCAAAACGUCGCCUUAAAUUUGGGUUAGAUAUUGUAAAAUGUGGAGCACAACAUUGCAUUUUCAGAAGUUGCAAAAUAAAACGGACGAACCUGGAAGAUGCGUGUUCAUUUACGAAGGCUUAUUUUAGAGAGUCUGAUGAAAUGCCUGAUGUCGACCAAAUGUUUACAUUCGGGAUAGUAUUUCGUAAAGGAGUGGAUAAACUUAGUGCAUUUAUUGACUCAGAACCAAAUACUCCUCAGAUACCUGAAAACGAAGAGAUCCAAGCUGCUUUCAAGCGACUGUUCUUGUAUUUUAAGAACAUGGAAAAUGAAUACAAAGCCCUUAAAGAAAUUUCAAAAACCUCUAAAGAAUGGCCAUGGACUUUGGUUCUUGCACAACAUUUAUUCAGCAAACUAGCUCCGUCAUCUUCCUACCUCUAUGAUAUUGGUGCAGCAUAUGAUACUUCAGAGGGAUGUCCUUGUGUAGGUCAUGACAACUUGUGUGGUCAGCAAGGAGACACAAGCUUUGGUUGGGAAAGUGGCUGGCAUGGUAGAACAGACAUCAUAAUGGCUGAUUUACCAAUUAUAAAUGUCUGCGAGAUUCAUAGAGAGGAAGGGGGAGAUUUACCACGUGUAUCAUCAUCAUCGUCUGUAGCGUCAUCCAUCUCAUCAUUGUCUGAAAAGGAAUCCUUGAUUGCAAUUGAAGUAAAAAAAAAUGAUCUGUUUACAGCGAAUGAUCUUUGUCAGAUUUUCGCAGAAACAAUCACGUUCUCAUUUCUUAAAAAUAAGGAAAAUCCUGAUGUUACACUAAUACCUUCAAUAGCUGUUGGAAAGAAAACAUUUACUGUCACAAUGUAUGAUUCAAAAGAAGAUGUUUUCCUACAGGGAGGCGAUGUGAGUCUGUUCGCUUUUGAUGCUAUAACUCCAGAGGCAAUAGUUGCUAUUUGGUUGACACUAAAUUACAAACUGUUUGGAACAGGUGUGCUAGAUAGCAUGGAUAGGUCGGGUCUGCACAACCAGAUUGAUGUGAAAUCACUUCAAACGGCAGUGAAGGCGCCAUGUAAAAAAAAUGAUCCAGGUUGGAUAGGUAUAAGAUCCUGGCAAAAAACAUUGAUUUCAGCUCGCAAAAAGUGAAUGAUAGGGUCACAUACUAAGGGUCAAAAACUACAAAUGUAGGUAAUCCGGUUAUAUCUUGGAAGAAUUUUGUUAUGACUCUAGUGAUCACAAUUUUAGCUCACUAAUCACAAAGUGACAUGGUGACAUUUUGGGACCUCACAAUGUCCGUCGUUGAUGCACACAUCUGUACCAUUGCUUCAAAUGAUAUCUCCUCCCAAGCCAUCAGUCAAAAUUUGAUCAAACUUGGUCAGAGCCUUCCUGGCAUUCACCUGCAAAAGUUGAUCAAUUUUGAUUUGUCCCAAAAUUAGAUCAGUAGGUCAUAUUAAAGGCUAUCCUUUAAGUGACUUCUCUCAUACUAUUGCCUGGAAUGUUACCAAACUUCAUCAGAAGCAUCUUUAGGUUGAUGUCUACUAAAGUUGUGCAAAGAAAUUUGAUUGGUCUAAAAUCUAGGUCAGUUUGUCAAGCUAAAGGAAUUUAUUUUAACAACAUCUCUUUCCAUAAUAGGAUCUGGAAUGUUACGAAACUUCAUCUCAAGCAUCCUUGGGUCUGUGUCUACCAAAUUUGUUCAAAGAAAUUUGAUCAAACAACUAGGUCAGUUGUCAAUGAUAGAAAAUGCUUUAAACAACAUCUCCUGCCAUAGGAGUUGGUGGAAUGUUGCCAAACUUCACUAGAAGCAUUGUACCCAAAAUUUUUCAAUGAAAUUGGUUUAGCCCUAAAACUAGGUCACAAGAUCAAAUUAAAUAAAAAUGUUUAAACAGCAUCUCAGACUAGCAGAGUUGUUUAUAAAAAUUUUAUUGGUCCAAACCUACAUAUAGGUCAAAUGAAAGGAAUAUCUUUAAACAACAUUUUUCCUGAGUAACAUUUGGAAUGCUCCCAAACUACAACAGAAGCAUCCAUUGUUAAAUGUUUACCACAAAAAAAAUUUGAUUGGUCUAAAAAUUAGGUAACUGGGACAAAUAAGAGAAAAAAACUUGUCAUAACUCUAGAGGCCACAUUUUAGGCCUAAUCUUAAUGAAUAUUGGUGACAAUUUUCAUAUUGAUGACCUCCAGGUCAAGUAUGAAACUUGGUCAAUUUUGACAGGGUUCGUACAGUCUUAAAAAGUGCUUAAAUUUGAGUCUCUUUCUUAAAAAGUGCUUAAAAAUGUAAAACAGUGCUUAAAAGUCCUUGAAUUUGAUUACUCUUUUGAAAAGUGCUUAUAAAGUGCUUAAAUUUGCUAAAAAUGUGCUUGAAAAUGUUUGAAUCACAGAAUGACAUAGUUUUGAUAAUAAUCAACGGCUAACAAAAUAAAAAAAAAAGAUCCAAUUUAGUAUCAAAAUCAAUGAAAUGUUUACUCAAGGUAACAGUAAGUGGACAAAUUGCAGUUGUUUUGAACUAAUCUGUACUUGAUGCACCCUUAGUUGUUCUUCUAUAAUGUUAGAAAAUAUAUAUUUAACAAAAAAUGGUGAUCAAACUAUCUUAUCAUAGGUUAAAGAUUGUGUCGGUGUAUGUGCAACAAAUGUGCUUGAAAAAUGGGAAAAUGUGCUUAAAUAGUGCUUAAAAAGUCCUUGAAUUUUGGCAUUGGAUGUCUGUACGAACCCUGAUUGAGUCAGAAAUAGGUCACUGGGUCAAGUAAUAGAAAAAGCUUGUCAGCAUUCUAGAAAUCACAUUUUAGCAUAAUUUUCACAAUGUUUGUGAGAAUUUUUAUCUGGUUUGUAAGUUGAGCUACAGUCUUGAAACUUUGAUCACAUGUACAGUUUUGAAUGCAAAAUGGAAUGAUGACCUAGAUUUUGACAUGGUGAACUACUUUUUACAUAUGUUGAGCUACAUUAAUGAAAUCAAGACAUUGAUGAAUUUUGACUCAUGUGUGCUAUUGAUACCCAGGCUCAGUUGAGAGAUUAAGGACCCCCUGGGUCCUCUUGUUAAAUCAUUUAUAUUCCCCCGUGGAGCAGCAUUUAGAUUGUAUAUGUUACUGUCAAAGCCUUUGACUUGAAAACUUAAAAAGUCAAAUAAUCUUGGUUACUAUCAACGCUCUUGUGAAAGAAUUGUAUUAUGAUGCAAGGGGGACAUGGGUUAUGGGUCUCAUUUGUCCGUCCUUCUACAUAACUCUGCCAUCAUUCAUGAGAUUUUGAAAAAAAAUUUAACAGAAGGCGACUACCUGUCAUGCACAACAACCAGAUCCAUACCUUCAAAGUCAGGGUCACACAGAUGAAAGGUUAGGCUGUUACAGGAUCUGGUUUGUGUCUGAUCUAUACUAGCUUUUAACAUUCAACAAGAGAUUUUAAAAAAGCUUGUCACAAAUUUCACCAAAACGAGACAAUGUCUUAUGCACAACAACCAGGUCCCUACCUUCAAAGUCAAGGUCACACUCAAGAGGUUAAAUGUUAAUGUGGUCUGUUGCCACUUUGUUUUGUGUCUGCUCCACUCAUUGCCCUGUGUCUACAUCUAAAAUACAGAUCCAUACCUCAAACUUCAUAUAUUAUGAUUUGUGUAUCAUCUAAAAAAUAUCCCAGACAGGGGUGAUUGGUAACUCUGUUUUGUUUAGCAAUGGCUUUGACGGAUAAUAUGUAUUUUAAUAUGUACUUUAACUUCUUUACAAUAAUAAUGAAAUUGAUAUAGUAAUAUAAAUGAUGGCCACAUACAUGCUAUAUUGUAAGUUAUAUAUACAGUAACAUUUUUUUAAUAUAUUGUCUUAUUCUUCAAUGUAUUUUGAUUGCCAAUGAAAUUAUUGAAUAAAUUGUAUGCAUA